GUUUACGUAUAAGCGUAAAAAGAGUAGAGUUGAUAUUCCAUUCCAUUUCUCUUAGAAAACUUGACGAUUUUGUUAGGAAUUGGGCAACGGGAAGAAGAGCAAAUGGGUGACGUUGGAAUUUCGUUAGUUACUUGGCAAACAAGGAUACUCGAUUGACUUGGAUUGUCAACAUGUACAACGAAUAUUUAGACGCAGGUCAAAAUGAAGACGAUAAAAACACCUGGAGAGCAACUUCUCAAGUUACACCCGAGCAACAACAGGAAGCUGCUCAGUUUCGACAACAACAACUGCAGCAACAAAGAAGUUUGCAAGCGUUGAACGCAACACUUGCCCAGUUUUGGGACGAACAAAUGCGAGAGGUCAGCGUUAUCACCGACUUUAAAAACCAUAUGCUACCGUUGGCAAGAAUAAAAAAGAUAAUGAAAUCCGAUGAAGACGUACGAAUGAUAUCAGCAGAGGCUCCAGCUCUCUUUUCCAAAGCUUGUGAGAUGUUUAUCUUGGAGUUGACCAUCCGAGCGUGGGCACAGACUGAAGAGUCAAAGCGGAGAACACUCCAACGUUGUGAUAUUGCGUCAGCUAUCCAAAAAACGGAUAUUUUUGACUUUCUUAUUGAUAUUGUGCCACGAGAAGAUCCCAAAAUGCCUCAAGAACAUGGUGGCCUUUCGAUUACCAGUUCAACCGAUAACCCUGCACUACUAUCUUAUCGAGGAUAUGGAGACAACCCAGAAAAUCUGGAACCUUCCCAUUCUCAUUUAUAUGCACCUGAAGGAUAUGGUGAAUAUGAAACUGAAGUGGGUCAACAAGGCAUCAACUACGCUCAAUUGUCUCCACAACAGUUGCAAAUUCUUAGAAUGCGGCAGAUGCAGAUGAGAGAACCCUUUUCCGGUUUCUUCGAAGGACAAGGUCCCCAAUAUUGAAUAUUUCGUUUUUCUUCAAUAGAAAGCAGUCAACUAGUAUGUAUACUAGUUAUAUGUCAUGCUUUGAUAGGGUUGAUCGUGAAAUGGAUGUUGUAAUCCAUUUGUUGUAUAUGAGCUCUUAAUCGUACAUUCUUCUUCGAGGGUUGGUAAAAUUAAAUGAUUUGUUUCCUGUUCGUGAACGUUUCUAGCCUGAUCGACACCCUUUCACAUAGUUAGACUUGGAAAU